AUGAACCGGGCACAUCUGAUCAGCGUGUUUAAUGGACCGGGAAGAUUGGGUCGCACAUAUUACAGCCGGCCGCAUGAAGAGGAACGGCUGAGUCGGCGAUUGAAGUCGGCACCGCAGUUGACGCUGAUACUGGGCCCUCCGAGUUCAGGGAAGACGGCCUUAGCCCGUCACGUGGCCUCGCAGACCCGGCCCGACGGGACGCCGGAGUUCCACCCAUUGACUGUCAAUCUCCGGGCCGUCGAUCGGUUCCACGACGGCAGCUUCCUCCGGGCAUUCGUCCGCAAUGGGAUCCGGGCCGCAGAGAUCGAUCCCUUCUGGGAGCGUCCGUUCAGAGGCUUCGACGACCUGGCUCGCGUCCUGUAUUCCAAACCUCCUCAGGACGUGCCUUCCUCUCUGAUGGCUGCCGAGGUCUUCAAUGAACUCGCCCACCGUCUCCAGCCCUUGUCUUACUACACUCGCGAAUCUACUAGAGCUCCCGUCUUGAUAAUCGACGAAGCAAAUCAUUUCAGAAAGAUGUCCGACAAGGUAUUUGUUAGAGUUGGCGCAUAG